UUAAUCCAGAUUCGAGUUGGGUAAGUCUCUUCGAUAGACAAAAUUCUUUCAAUAAGUAUUUUAGCAUUAAUCGACUAAGUCAUCACCAAUUCUGUUUUCUAUGCUGCUUAGACAUAUAUAGUUCGAUUAACGAUUCUUGUUGAACCCAAUACCCCAUCAAGGAGAAAUCUUAUACUCAUUGCAUCAAUGCCGUUAGCCCGUUAGUACUCUUUUUUAUCCCAUCUUCUUCGUUGAAAUUGACAAAAUAACGUCAUUAUUAAACCAUUUUGAUUCUUUUGGACCUCAAAACAAUUAAAACGAAAAACUAAUUUAAUUCAGUGUGUAUAAAUUCUGCUUUUGUUUUUUGUUUUUCACUCCGUAUUAAUAAUUAGCUGGCACAAAAUUACAGCUAGCCAGUUCAAAGUGCGUGCUCAUUAUAAAUUAUUAUAAGAAAAAAAGAGCUAUAAAUACGGGCUCUGGUUCUCUUCAGUUCCACAUCUCUCUCAACUCUCCAACCAAAAAAUAAAAAACACAACUCCAAAUCCUCUACGUAACCAAACUCCGAAAAAAAACAACACCGGAAAAAUCACUUCUUCGUCGGAGUUAAUUAAUUCGUUUGCCGGAUAUCAAUAGUUACAAGAAUCAUGAUCGGCGGGGAAGAAAUAUACAAGGUGGUGACGGCGAUGCUGCCGCUGUACACGGCGAUAUUCUUAGGAUACGCCUCCGUGAAGUGGUGCCAGAUGUUCAAACCGGAUCAGUGUGACGCCAUCAACCGGUUCAACUGCUACUUCGUCCUCCCAUUCUUCACCUUCGAAUUCGUCGCCACCGUCAACCCUUACCAGAUGAAUUUCCGAUUCAUGGCCGCCGACGUCAUCGCCAAGUUCGGGAUCGGGGCCGUCCUCGUAAUCUGGGCCAAUUUCAGCAAGAAAGGCAGCCUGGAUUGGUCCAUCACCACCUUCUCCCUGUCGAGUUUGAACAACACGCUCCUCCUCGGAGUGCCAUUGCUCGAAGCCAUGUACGGAAACCAAGGAAAAGACCUCGUGAUUCAGUCCUCCGUAAUUCAAGCUCUCCUUUGGUUUGUUUCUUUGCUGUUCUUGCUGGAAUUGAGGAACGCGAAAACGAUUGCCAGCGAAUCGAAAUCGAUCCACAGUACUCACAGGACUGCUCCGGUGGACGUCGAAUCAGGGGAGAUUGAAAUGGAGGAGACGUCCGCCUCCGUCACGGCGGCAACCAUCGCCCCGACCAAACGGCUUAAAUUUUGGGGGAUUAUGAAGGUUGUUUUGCUCAAGCUCGCUAAGAACCCUAAUGUUUAUGCUUGCGUUCUUGGUCUCAUUUGGGCUCUUAUUUCCAAAAGGUGGCAUAUUGGGAUGCCAAAGAUCAUUGAAGGAUCAAUUUUGAUAAUGUCAAAAGGAGGAGCUGGUUUGGCUAUGUUUAGCAUGGGGCUUUUCAUGGCGUUGGAAGAAAAAAUAAUUGCAUGUGGCAUGGGUUUAACGUUGUAUGGCAUGGUUUUGAGGUUUGUGGUUGGACCGGCGACCACCGCCAUCGGUGCUUUAGCCACCGGUUUGCGUGGUAAUGUCCUACGCAUCGUGGUGGUUCAGGCAGCACUACCACAAGCCCUCACUGCAUUUGUUUAUGCCCAAGAAUAUGGAUUACAUGCUCAAGUGCUUAGCACAGCGGUCAUCUUCGGCACUAUAGUAUCCCUACCUUUGCUAAUAGGAUAUUAUGCGGUCCUGGACGUUUGGCAUUGACCCUAAACUGGGCCAAAAAGAGAGUAGUGCCAACGAAAUUAAUUUUGAAAUAUUGAGCGCAUUAAUUCAGGACUUGUUUUUAACAUCGUGAGACGACAGUAUAAACACAACCCUCUCAAGUGAGAAAAUCAACUCCCUAACUAUUUUAAGCACCGGACAUUUGAGCAAAAAAAAAAAAAAAAAAACUAAGACGUGUAACGUAAUGUACUCAGAUUGGAAUGGAGGGAGUAGUUAUUAAACGAUUUUGACUUUUCUUAAAGUCUUAACAAACAGAAUCUGUUUGAAAGGACAGGAUUCGAUGUAGAUUCUGUAACAUAACAAUUUUGAAUCACUAUUUCGAUAACCCGACGAAUUUUUUGGGUUUUGUUGUACAAUGAUUUUUUUACUUUGUUCAAAUGAAAAAAAAAAAUUCCAUUUAAUGUGAUCCCAAGAUAAUUUCACAUCGGUGAAAUAGUGGGGAACCAACCACUCAAAAAGGCUAAACCAAUGAGUUAUCAUCGUCAUCAACCAAGACGGUACAAGUUACUCGCAAUGACCUAACUUAAAAAUGUGUUUUUUUUUUUUUUUUUAUAUUCUCACCAUCCUAAAUACGACAAAUAUUUUGGGAGGAAGUAUAUCUGAUGCAUCUCUGUAACCUUAUUUUGAGUGCUUCAUAGCAAUGACUAAUGAGAACAAUAAUAAAUGAGACCAUGGGUCCAAAUUUUGGUGCUUGAUUUUGCCAUAAAGUUACAUGUUUACUUCAAACGAGCGAAGUAACCUCAGUCUACUCUUUCAUUUGUACAAGUGUCUACUUUUCUACUAUACAUAUAUGCCUUUAGUUGCAAAUGCACAAGCCAGAGUUCCUUCACUGUUUAACAUUACCACAGCCCUGGAUCUUCAAUACCACUUUCGAAGAUUGCAUUAGUCGCCCAGAAUUGCGCGUUCAUCCGACUUCUGUCGUCAUCACUUUCAUCAUCCAAGAAUUGAAAAUCUUCAGAAUCAAACAAGUCAUCCAGACUUUCGAUAUAAUCGUAGUCAUCAUCAUCACCAUCAUCUUCGUCAUCUGAUUUAUGUUGAUGCUUCUGCUCAUCAAAUUUUUCCUUCUUCUUGUAACUGUUCCUUUUCUCUUUCCUCAUUUUGUGCCCCUUGUUCACAAGCUGCAGCAAUUGAUUUCUGAUCACUAGCAUUUCAUCCUUCUCCAGAGGAACACCCUUGUCAUCAUAUCCCUCGACCAGAAAGACAGAGUCUCUCUGCCCCUUCAGACUCACAUAAAACAACUCGGGAUGCCUCACCAGCAUCCCCCUCAACUUGUUCGGCAAUCCAAAAUCCUUCCUGAAAUGCGUCAGGUGAUCAACCAAUGUCCUCUUCUCAAUUGUCAUUCCCAACACCUCUCUCACCACUGCACAAGCUCUUUUUUCUGCCUCCAAUGAUUCUUUCAAGAAAUCAUCAGCCUUCGUUUCAUAUGGGCAUACAUCAGGCAACUCCUCAAAUUUCAUCAAAAACUCCUGGUGGCGCCUCUUAAUGUUCAUCCCCUUUCUAAGUCUCAAAUGCUUAAACUUCAACGGCCUGUCCACAAUCAAAUCCAAUGCUGCAGCAUCACGUUUUGGCAACUUGUUAGCCAAAUCUAUAUCCCACGUGACAAGCUCAAGGGCAUGACCAUAAGAAGUUUGCACGAGCUUAAAUCUCUCAGGAUACUUGUUACAAAGCCAAGUGUGAAAAUUUAUUGGCAAACCAAGGUCAGGGGCAAGAUGAACGAGUUUAUACAAAAGAAGCCUAUGGUGCGUAGCAAGCAUCAAAAGCUUCUGUAACUUAAUAGCCAACGAAUCAGACAUCACCUUCUUAAGUUCAAUUUCUUUGCGUGCAAGUUCAGCUGCAGCAGGGGUGAGGCGAAUACAGACCUGGCUAAGUGGUUUUGUGGCAUUUAAAGGCAACGGUGGUGUUGGAAUAGUGAAUACCUCAAAAACAGUGGGAUAACGGUGGACCAUCGAUAGAAUAGAACGUGGCUUAGGGAAUGACAAGUAGGACCUGCACUUGUUCAGGAUAUAGAGCGGCAUGAAGUGCUUGGGUUUGGAGAGCAGCAGGGUUUUCAGCUUCUGAACAAAACGGAUUUUGUUCUGCUUCACCACAUGCUUAUCCAAGGAGGGAUCACGUCUAAUUUUCAGAGGAUUUGAAGUACAAGAUAUUGAAACGGAGGAGGUACUUUUCAUAGGUUUAAAUGGUAGAAAGUUUCCGUGAUAACGUUUGUGAUCAGAACUAAAAUUGAUAUGUAGAGGUGGGAGGAACUCUGAGUGAAAUGGAAAACAAGAUUUGUGGGGUAGAGUUGAAAUCAUAUUCCAAAACUUAUGAAGGAUGAUAAGGAAGGCUACUCAUACGAUGAUCAUCUAUACCUGGUGAACAAAGAUGAACUUCAAACUGAGUCGCGCAUUUUGUCGAACAGGUAGCCUGCACAAAAAAUCCCACUGUAGGUAGCUCGGCCGCAAUUAAACUGGCCGCAAUUAAACUAUAAAUCUGCAGAAGAAGGAAAUAGGCUAAUAUUUUCAACUCAAUUUAUAACUGAAGAAUGUGGAAAUUUUUUUUAUGAAUCUCCAAGCGGAAGAAAAUGACUCGGGUGAAAAUGGAGCUGGUGAAGAGUGGGGAUGAAUGUAUCUCUUGUGAUGAUGGCGGGAAAGGCAACGGAUAAUGUUAUUUUGCUUUCUUUUUUGGGAUAAGGACAAUUACUCCUGAGUUUUGUCUCAAACCCUAAACUCUCCUGAGUUUUUUGAAAGGACAAUUAUCCCCCUGG